AUGGCCGAGAAGACCUGGCUAAAACUCAAAAGAAAUCAACGAAUGCUUGCUUCGGCUGUUGUCUGCAAUCCGACCCUGGUGCUCUACUCGAUCAACAAAGUACUCUCGAUUUUCCGACCAACUUACCUUCUCGACCCGGCCUUUGAUGCUUGGGUAGACCCACUUCUCGACGUGCAUGCCCACGACAGAUCUUGCAAAGUGUUUGUUCUUUUAAUGGUGGCCCUGCAAAUAGUGCUUUACGUGCCUAGAACGCCCGAUGUAGGAACAACACGCAUCCGAGGAAAAGAAAGCCCGGAAGCUCCAAACGCGAUCUGCUGUCAUGACGAUUGA